GAACAAUACCCAAAUAAUUUGAUGUUUUGCGUGUUUAUUAUUAGCUUUAUCUAUCGGUUAUUCAUUUAACUACUGACUUAUGCUAAUAUUUAAUUCUUAUAAUUGGACUUUACACGCUCUGGAACUCGCUAGAGUAAGAUAGUGUGUCUCAGCCUUCCUUCUAGCCUUCCCCAAGCUGGUAGUAAACAACCACCCAUUCAACUUGACAUCACAACUCCUUACAUAUAAACUACUUCUCACAGAUAUACAUCAUACAUACAGCAAGCUGACAUUUCUAUUAAAGCAUGGUUCGCCAGAGCUAAAGUUCUAACUUGUUCGAUUGUUUGAUAUAAUUUCCCCGGAUUUAUCGGGCUGUCUAGGGGAGGCAAAUCGACACUGCGAGAUCAACAACAUUCAUUAUCGCCAUGGACUUUACAAAACUACGAGCAGCUGCGCUGAAUGAUGGUGACGAUGAAGAGGCUGUUACGGUUAAUACAAGAGCUUUGAUAGAUAAAGUUCUAGCUAGAUAUUCUGGGGAAUGGACAACUCUACGAGAACUAAUUCAGAACGCUGCGGAUGCGCAGGCGACGACAGUCACAAUCAAGUUCGAGACGUCACCCUCUUUUCAAGUCCCAACCCCGAAUACCACAAACCAAUCAGCGAUAUUGAAACAUGUCCUUCUUAAUCAUACACUGAAGAGGCUGCUAGCCACCAACAACGGACAGGCGUUCGGAGUCAAUGAUUGGUCGAGGUUGAAGAGGAUAGCUGAGGGGAAUCCAGACGAAACAAAGAUUGGAGCUUUCGGUGUAGGAUUCUAUAGUGUCUUCGCUGAUUGUGAAGACCCUUUUGUCAGCUCGGGAGAUCAGGCUAUGGCAUUUUACUGGAAAGGCAACUCCUUAUUUACCAAGAAGAUACAAUUACCUCCUAGUGAAGCGAAUCCCAAUACAAGCUUCGUCCUCGACUACCGGAACAACACAACGCCAAUGCCGAAUUUGCUUUCUAUAGCCCAAUUCUUAGCAACAAGUUUGACGUUUGUGGCUCUACAGAAUAUCGAAUUAUAUGUCGAUGAUUUUAAAAUUAUAUCUUUGAAGAAGAAAUCAGCACCAAGUUGUGAUGUUCCAAUCGCGAGGGAUGUUACGACGAGGUCUAAAGAAGGUCUCAUGAAAGUUCAAAAACUUGAGAGAGAAAGUGUACAAAUGGAUGCUACCUUUAUGAAUGUCGUGGGUUGGAAACCUGCCAAACCAUCCACAUCUAAACCCUCUUAUGAUAAUAGCUACGGGAGCUCCAACGAUGUACCCUCUCUCCGUUCCUUCUUCUCUAGACUUACCUCGAAUAAUAGUCAAGCUCAACAAAAAGCAAAAGCCUUGCAAGAGGAAAAGGCCAUGCAAGAAGUGCUACUUGAAGAUCUGACAGCUUUGACAACAACCAAUGUAUUUCUACGUGUGACUACGGCAAUGAUCAAGACUUAUAUUCAACCGAGUUUUGCAGCGGAGCUGGAACGAGCAACCAAGAAACCACCUCCCAAGACAACCAAAUUGGCCAUUCUGACAUCUUCUUAUGAUGAAACUGAAGCAUCUGCACAUGAUAAUCUAGUUUCAAAGAACGUGGAUGUUUUUGCAUCAGUUCUUCCGGGAAAGAAACCCGGUGGCCGUGUUUUCAUUGGUUUCCCAACUCAUCAAACAACUGGUGCUGGUAUGCAUCUAUCUGCGCCAUCUGUUAUUCCGACAGUAGAGCGUGAAUCCAUUGAUUUGAAUGCACGCUAUGUUCGAACUUGGAAUCUGGAAAUGCUUCGAGUCGCUGGUAUUAUGGCAAGAUUAGCAUUUGCCAAUGAAAUGUCCGAUCUCGCUGACAAGGUCAAACGUGCAACUCAAUCAAAUGGGAAUGGAAAUAAAGUUACGAAGCACGAGAUUGAGCAGUUCUUGCCAGAAGCUGCACACAUAUUGAAGACUUUUACAUUUGGAGAUUCCACCCCAAGUUCUCAAGUUUCCCAAGUUAUUGAAGAAGCGUUUUGGACAGCGUAUCAAAAGGCAUCGAUUGAAGUUUAUAGUACUAGGAGUGUUCUUCCAACGACGAAGGUUCGGUUGGCCACAGAAGAUUUGAGUGGAUUUGUGGAGGGGAUCCCUGUCGUUCCAGAUGCACUUAUCGAAUCCGAAUUCGUUCAAAAGUUGAAAGAUUUUGAGCUCAUUACUGAAAUAACAAUUGGCGAUGUUAAGCAAGAGCUUGAAGCAAAAGCACUUACCAAGGAGCAACUUGUCCAGUUUAUCAAGUGGGCAGGUCAUAAGGCUAUCCUUGGGAAGAUCGAUGCCCAGACUAUUCACUCUUUAUUAGACGUUGCUGUUGCCACUCUAGGGGAUGAUAAAAACCAGGGUGGAAUUAUUGCACUAGGCAGUGUCACGAGUUACCUCAAUGUUAAUAGAAUACCACCUGAAGCUCCAGUUCCUCCAACUACAAUCCCCUUUGAGUUUACUAGAGAAUGUCAACCGAAUGAACUCCAGGCCCUGGGAUGGGAGCCCCUCGAGAUUGUGCCAUGGUUGCGUUAUUUGAUAGAAACAAGAGACAGAAAUGGACCUGAACAAAACAUAACUACGACACCACAAUUUGCGGCAAAGGUUCUUCACAUCAUCUCAAAGUCGUGGGAAGGAAUGAGCGUCAAUUCCAGAGCGACCGUAAAAUCGCUACUGUCAACCUUGACAGUGAUUCCAACCAAGUGUGGCAUGAGGAAACCCGGCGAGGCUUUCUUCGAAAGCGUAAAGCUUUUUGAAGAUCUCCCAACUCUUACGAAUUGUCCAGGUGUCAAAGAGAAAUUCCUUGCAGCUAUUGGAGUACGAAAAACAGUAGACCUCGAGACAAUCUUCAGCCGACUUCUUGCACCUCCCACACAAGCCAAAGAAGGCGAGGUAUCCAAGAACAGUCGCCAUAUGGACUUGAUCAAGUAUUUAGCCUCCGUAAAGGAUGAUAUUCCAUCGGAAGAUCUUAGGAAAUUGAAAGAAUCCCAAAUCUGCCCUGCCGAAGCAGGCCCACCUGGUCAGGAAUCAUCCCAAGGUACAGCCCGGAUGUACAAAGUUCGUGAACUUUUUGAGCCUAAAGACGCACUCAGAAGCUUGGGAUUACCAAUACUUCAAUGGCCAGGGCCUCUAUUUAGUUAUCGAUCCACCAGUAACGAGGGCCGUUUCUUGUCUAUACUUGGAUUGAGAUCUUUCCCUUCUGUUCCUGAACUCAUUGACCUGAUGUCAUCGACUGAUAUCAUCCUCCGAGACAAAGCUAUGGCUUACUUCAUCGCAAAUCAUCAUAUGAAUGGUUAUGCGAGUUUCGAUGUCAAUACCACUAGGAAAGGCAUUCUUCCAAUCGAAGGUGAUGAAAAACGAAGAGUCGCACCUUAUGAAUGCUUCACGAAUGAGAAGAGCUCCGUUCUUGGUUUUGAAAUAUUGCGACAAGAUCUUCGUAUCCAUGCUAACAAAUUCGGUGUUGCCAUUGAUCCCCCAAUCACGGAAUGCGUAAAUCGACUUAUUAAAAGUCCUCCAAAAUCUCGCGGCGAAGCUAUUACACUCUUUGGGUAUUUUUCAAGCAGGCUUGGUGAAGUUGGUCUCAAUAGCUGUGCAAAAUUGAGUGAUUCUCUUAUUGUUCCUGUCCCCGACAGCCGAGAAUUGACGAGCGGACUUUCCAAUGAGAAGGAACAAUCAUCUAAUAAGAUUAAAUAUCUUACACCUCAACAAUGUUAUCUGGGAAGUUCUUCGGAAUAUAGCAAUAUUUUUGAUUUUGUUGAUUUCGGUACUGAAGCCAAUACAUUUCUUCUCAAGUGUGGAUCUAAGAAUGAACCUACCAAGUUAGAACUUGCUGCACUGGUUUGUCAAGAACCCGCUCGUCUUCUUGGAAUCAUGCAAAGUCCUGAAAAGUACUUGAACCUCCUGAGGUCUCUUGCAAUUGAUCUGCCCAUGUUGAGAAGAGAUACGGUUUUAUUCAGGCAGAUGAGAGUUUCUAAAUUUCUUCUCGGAUCCAAGGAGAUCUCAGCUGCCAAGGAAAUAUCAAAUUCGACCAGUCUUAUAGACCAGCAGGAUCUUGAUGUGGAAGAACCCGAGGAUGCCCCUCUCAAACAGUGGCAUUUAGAGCAACCUAAUAAUAUUGUUGUUGUUGAUGAUUAUAACAGCUAUCGUCUCUUCAAAGAAACUUUGGUCUGCGCUCCUCUAGAGGAUACGUUGGAAGAAUUUUAUCUCGCACUUGGAUCUACCAAUCUGAGUAACAUUGUACAAGAAGACCUCCGUGUUGGCCAGGCUGUUACAUAUCAAGGAGAUUCUGUCAAACUCCGUAAGCAUAUUCUUGAGAGAUCAAAACUUUUCUUGCAUGAAUCACCACGUGAGAAUGUAAAACGGGAUAGCCGAUGGUUGGAGAAGAACUUGACGGUACAAGUUGUCAGUGGAAUACAAGUUAGACGAUCCUUGAAAGGCCACAAUUUGUCGAAUACAGAAAAAAGAACUGCUGCUUGCAUUCAAGAGCGAUACAAAGGAUUACAACUACUCGUUACUAAUGCAUAUGAUACAUAUCAAAUUAGUUUGGCUAUGUGCAAGCACUUAUUAGCUCGCCCGCAACAACAGUCAUAUCUCACGUUUGAAUCUUUUCUCACUUUAUCUUUACAGCAAUUACGUUCUCGUGGUUACAAUGUGGAGAGAAUUCUUAGAGCCAAGGCUGCUGAAGCACGAAUUGCCGAAGAAGAAAGAAAGAGGCAACUCGAAACGGAACAGGAACAAAUCAAGGAGCAAGAGAAUCAAUGGCUGGAAGAUCAAAAACAAGAGGCUGUGGCUUCUGCACGAGAUGAAAAUCGUCGAAGUUCUCAUGCUGCUAUGCCAGGUGCAUUUGGCUCUGAUUCUCCAUCACCACCCCAGACCAAGAAAGAAAAGAGUCGAGGAUUGUUCUCGAAUCUUUCUCGACGCUUUGGUUUAGACACCAGUAGUGAUGAGCCAUUAAAAUCACCGACACCAGUUUCCGGAGAUGCUCUACCACCUUACUCCGAGACUCCAAGUCAGAAACCCCAAACAGAAAGUGUUACUUCCAACGGCGCCAUUAAACAAAAUCUGCUCAACGCCAUUCAAUCAUCUCGAGCUCAUGAUUCCUCCGACCUCUUUUCCCCUCCAUCUACUAAUCAGGUUAAGGAACAAGCUGAAUAUUGCGAUUCAACUUCCGGCCAAAACCUCUCCUACUUUGCAGAUGCUUCUAAUGGCACUCGUAUCUUUAUAUCCAACGACAGGCAAUCUCCUGACAGUCCUAAUCUCACAGAGUUCCUCUCUGCAAAUGUCUCUUCUCUAAAUAGCUUCGCAGCCUUACUUCAUGAGGCCGCAGAUAUUUACAAUUUGCCUAGAAAAGCUAUCCAUAUUUUCUACGAUGAUCAUGGAAAUACUAUUGCUUUCAAUAGCCAAGGAAGCAUCUUUUGCAAUUUCAGGUUUUUCCAACAACUGCAUCUCAAAAAACUGGAUUCAAAAAGCGGAGAGGAAAAGGUAGAUGCGGGUGCUUAUUGGUGGAUAGUACUUGCUCAUGAGUUGGCCCAUAAUUUGGUUAAACCACAUAAUUCUGAUCAUAGCUUUUAUACCGAGCAAUUGAUUGCGAAUUACUUCCCGAAGAUGAUGGCGAGAGCAAAUAAAUACACGACGGUGCUACCGAAUACUGCCAGCGACAACGCCAGCACCAGUGGACAUUAGAGAUUUAUGAAUUGCUAGCUGAAAUUAAUGUUACCAAUUCAAGUACAGUCGACGAAAUGAGCAGAUGGACUUGAGAUAGGAUUUCUUACACAAUUCUUCUUGAACUUGCACAUAAUUUAAUUAUGUGUAUCACUGUGCGAUUCAUAGCUAUGGCGUUUAUGGCGAUCAGUUCGAAUGGGAAGGAAUGAGAUAUGCCGAACGCAUUUUGGGUUUUGGGUUUUGGGUUUUGCGUUUUUAUUAGAGUAGAACAAUCCAUAGAUAGAUCUGUGUGCCUUGAAUACAAAUUUUUUGUCCUUGUUUUUGUGCAACCCAACCAGGAAAGAGAAUCCUGAAGCAUAUUACCAGUUUAACAGUGAGAGUGACAUUGUCAUCUCUUCGUAAUGAAAUAUCUGGAUCAGAGCUGCUUUCGAAUUUGUCCGGUAAUUUCUCAGACCUCAGAUUCUUAAAUCUUGAGAAGAAUCUUAUAUCAGACAUUUGAUUCCUUGAACUUUCCUAGAGAUCGUCCAUUUACAAUCAACAUCAACAAUGA